GUGCGUCGAUCGUACCUACUCCGUUGAUUGUAGUGACUAGUGAGUACUGAAACCUAAAUAGUGAUUGUUGAACAGUGUUGAACGUCGCUGUAAUGAGUAAAUGCUAAAUAGGUUGUAAUAGUUUCGAUUCACCAUGUUGCGUCCCGAUAAACGAUUCGUUCGAUAAACCGCCGUGAUACUCGUCUUGUAUGAAUAUUCUUUAAACCAAUUUUUAUUUUAUUUUCAAAUUCUAUGAAAAUAUUGUAUCAUCCAAUUCAGUUGUGCGCGCAUUUUAAAUAAUAUAGUGACAUUAAUAAGUGUAUCCCAUAUUGCACAGACGCCAAACGACCGGACCGUUAACACGCAGCGACAGAAAUCAUCUAAGAACCACCCAAAAUGGAUUCGUUCGUAUUAAACAAUAACAAGAAAUCCGGAUCGGUCAAAGUCACCAUCACGCCAUGUCAACCCAAAACGCUGAGUCAUCUGCCCAAAAGGCCGCCGGUGGACAUUGCCUUCUCCGAUCUCGUGUACACCGUGUCGGAGGGUACCAAAAAAAGUACCAAAAACAUAUUGAAAUCAGUCAGCGGCCGUCUGAGGUCCGGCGAACUGACGGCCAUUAUGGGCCCGUCCGGCGCUGGAAAAUCCACCUUACUCAACAUACUGACAGGAUACAAGUGCUCGGGGGUCAAAGGGUCGAUUACAAUCAAUGGAUACGAACGGAAUUUAAGUCAAUUCAGAAAGUUGUCUUGCUAUAUUAUGCAGGACAACCAGCUCCACGCUAAUCUGUCUGUCGAAGAAGCCAUGAACGUUGCGUCGUCUUUGAAGUUAGGAUCGGACAUUUCCAAGGACAGCAGAUACCAAGUGAUUCAAGAAAUCUUAGAAACAUUAGGUUUACAAGAACACCGAAGAACGAUGACCAGCAACUUGUCUGGCGGUCAGAAAAAACGUUUGUCCAUCGCCCUGGAACUGGUCAACAAUCCGCCUAUUAUGUUCUUUGACGAACCGACCAGUGGUUUAGACAGUAGCUCUUGUUUCCAAUGUAUUUCGCUGUUGAAAUCUUUGAGUCGCGGCGGUCGUACGAUCAUCUGCACGAUCCAUCAGCCAAGCGCUCGUCUGUUCGAGAUGUUCGAUCACCUGUACACCUUAGCUGAAGGACAGUGUGUGUACCAGGGUUCUACCAGACAACUUGUACCAUUCCUGGGCUCGUUGGGUCUGGAGUGUCCCAGCUACCACAACCCCGCAUCGUACCUGAUUGAGGUGUCUUGCGGUGAAUACGGGGACAACGUUCGCAAACUGGUGAACGCUAUUCAAAACGGCAAGUACGAUAUUCAAACUGGCAAAACCUUCCCGACCUCGGACAACCUGAACAACGUUAACCAAAAAGAUAUUGUUAAAUCUAGCAACUUGUCGUCCAACUUGAUCGAAAGCGACAAACUAUCGAAACCCGUCGAUUCCGAAUAUUAUCCACCGAAAGACGAUUCGGCUAUCCGAUUGGAAAUGAUCGAUGCAAACAAAUUAAUCAAUACUGAUGAAGCAACCAAAGCCUUGCUAAAGGACAGCUUGCCAGGAAAACAGAAGCGAUACGCGACAUCUGAGUUUGUUCAAUUUUGGAUUGUUCUUAAGAGAACAUUGUUGUUCAGCAGAAGAGAUUGGACGCUUAUGUACCUGCGUCUCUUCGCACAUAUUUUGGUCGGGUUCUUGAUCGGUUCAUUGUACUACGAUAUUGGAAACGAUGGAGCCAAAGUACUGAGCAACCUUGGAUUUUUGUUUUUCAACAUGUUGUUCCUUAUGUACACGUCGAUGACAAUCACCAUUCUGUCGUUCCCUCUAGAGUUACCGGUUUUGGUCAAAGAAAACUUCAAUAGAUGGUAUUCGCUUAGGUCGUACUACUUAGCCAUCACAUUGUCCGAUAUACCAUUUCAGGCGAUAUUUUGUGUCAUGUAUGUGAGCAUAGUCUAUUACAUGACAUCGCAACCGCCGGAAAUGUUCCGGUUCGGAAUGUUCUUGUCGGCCUGUCUGCUAAUAUCAUUUGUCGCUCAAAGUGUUGGACUUGUUGUCGGUGCUGCAAUGAACGUACAAAACGGUGUGUUUUUGGCUCCAGUCAUGUCUGUACCUUUCUUGCUCUUCUCCGGUUUCUUCGUCAGUUUCGACGCCAUUCCAAUUUACCUGAGAUGGAUCACCUACUUGAGUUACAUCCGAUACGGUUUUGAAGGUACCGCUUUGGCCACGUACGGUUACGAUCGGGCAAUACUUAAAUGCCAUCAGGUGUACUGUCAUUUCAAGAAACCGAGCACCACUCUUAGGGAAUUAGACAUGGUUCACGCUGAUUUCGCGUUGGACAUUGGAGCUUUAAUCGUCAUCUUCUUUGUACUUCGUAUAUCCGCAUUCGUGUUCCUCCGAUGGAAGCUCAAGUCUGCACGUUAAUUUUACCUGGCUGUCGAUUUGUAAGUUCUCUCGAUCAACUCUCGAUCAACAUAUAAAUCAAGCGUUUAAAGCGCCGUCGUUUAUAAAUAUAUACAUACAAAUCUAUUAUAUUAUAUUUUGAUAUCCAUUUUGUCAGGUUAUGGUUUUUACAGUUUUUUAUUAUUAUAUUUUCUCUUGUUAAGAUUUAAAAUAAUGUUUUUUUUUGAUAUAGCAAUAAGUAUCAAUUUGUGAUUUAAAAGUAAAAAAAAAAAUUAUUCAUUGACAUUAUGUUUAUUGUAGGCGUAAAGAAAAUUAUUAUUGUAAUUAAUUAAAAAUGAAAACAAAUCAAACCUACAAAAUAGU